GCGCAAGGCCGGAGACCCCGGCGGCAUGUGAAGCGCUGAAACAUGGCAACGUCCCGCUCGCAAGCCCUUCCACCUAAUGGCUAUUGGCAUAGGGCCCCAGGAGGAGGAACAGGACCCGGCGGCGGCGGAGGGGCCGGUCCCGAGGGCCGGGGCGGCGGCAUCGUCUCGAUCGGCUCGGUGCGGGUCCGGCUGACACCGAGCCCCCAGAGAGUGGCGCGCUCUGGGGGCGGCGAGGGGCAAGACUGCUGCUGCGGCGUCCCGUGGCCCCGCGCGGGCCCUUCGCGUCCCCACGCUAAUAAUAGCCGGGCGCAGGCUGCAGCCCCGACGGUGUCGCCGCUGCCGACGCCAGUAUACCGGAGCAGCUUGCAAUGGACGCAGCACACGAGUGCCAGCGGGUUAGGUGAUGUGAAGUGCCCGCGCAGUCGCCCCCCGGAGUGGUCAUCGUCAGCCAACGGCGGCACCCUGGAGCGGCUCCAGCGCUUCCGCCUCGGGGGCGGCAGCGAGCGGGGCGCGCGCGGAGGCUCCGCCGGCAGCGCCGCCAAGAAGAGCGGCGGCGCCCACAAGAAGAAACCGCGGAGCUCCGACAAAGCCGAGCGCCUCCGCGAGCUCACCGAGAAGCUCAAGCUCCCCUCGAGCAAGCAAGUCGCGGCGACAGACGCGAGUGCCGUGCCCGUCCAGGAUGUCUUCGAGUGCGUGCGUGUCCCCAAGCCGGAGCCGGUCAUGAGCACCACUUACACGCAGCGGACCAUCCCCUUCCGGAGUGCCUCCUUCACGCAGAUGGACUACAGCCCCGAGCCCUCCACCUCCGAGACUACCCCCCAGUCCAAGUUGUCCCUCAUCCCCCAGGCGACGGCGCGUCUCCUGGGUCGCCGCUUCGGGAGUCAGUCCUUCGAGUCCUCGAUCGACGAGCCCGAGGAGUCUUGCUCUAAGGACCUCCCGCCUCAACCGCCCAAGCGGAACAAGCACCGUGUCCCCAAGGUGGACCACUGCACCCAGACGGUCGAUGAGGAGCCAACCCAGGCAACCGCAACUGCGCCAAAGUCCAAGAUCCGACCGCCUGCCCAGCUCAACAAGCAGCUGUCUUUGAACUCCAACCUGGAGAAGCUGGACACUUUCUUAAACGAGCUGAUCGGGAUCAAGAUGGAGUACGAGGACAAGUACGCGCGGCCGGCGGAUAAAUCGAAGAAAGCGCGGAGCAUCGGGAAUAUCAGUGCGUUGGUGGAUAACAAGCUCGGGAAAAUCCGCAAGAGUGAUGGUGAUAGCAACAAUAACGUGAGUUUCCCCAAGUCUGACGGGACGAGUAAUAAUAACGGUUCUAAUCCCACCAGUAGUAGUAAUAAUAAUAACGAUACCAAGGCUAGUAGUAAUUAUAGUUAUGACGACGCGAGUGACGAUUUCGCGAGUAGUAAUGUUAGUGGUGUCGACCUCAGCUUCUGCGGGAACGACACGAUCAAUAAAAUCAGUGAAAGUGCAAGUACAGCCAGUGAGAAUAAAGUGCGAUGUGAUACGGAUAGUGAGAGCGCCAGUCGGAACCAAUCGAUGGACGAGGAGAUCAAACUGCCCGCCAUUUUGGGGGUCACCGGAGCCUCUAGUGUGAGCUUCGACGUCCCACCAGAGUCGAUCGUGUCGAAGUGGUCCUUCAGUAAGAGCGAGUCGAUCCCCGAAUCUCCGGACGAGAUCAAGACCGUCUGCCUCGAGGUGAAAAACGAUUCGCUCGAGAAGAAAGACUCUGCUUCCUUCGAUUCGGGUAGAUCGGAGAGCAAGAGCUUGGAGUCCUCCCGCAGUCCGAGCGGCGAGGACAACGAUAGCGGGAAACCGAUAUCGAGAACGGACACCAUCCCCAGUCAAGUCACGGUCUACGUUACCUAUGAAAAAGACGACAGCACCAGCGAUGCGCCAAAAACCAACGAUUCGACAGAUCUGUCCGUUUCAAUAACGGAGCCGGGUUCGCAGCCGUUGUUGAGCGAUAGUUCCUUCCGGGAUAGCCUCAAGCUCUCCAAAGACAGCAGCCUGGAGUCCAACUCGAACCUGAGCGACAUCCACUGCCCGAAAACCCCCGAGACCAAAUACGAGCUACGGGACGUGGCCAGUCUCGAAGCGAACCCGGCUGCUAAAGAAGAACUACUCUCGCGACUCCAGUUGCUGUCCGAGCCGGACAAGCGAAGACCUAAACUGGUGGCGCAGAGCUCGGAAGAACGGGACGACGAUGGGGUUAUGUUCCGCUCCCCGAAGAGAUUCGUCCUCACAAGAGCGGACUCUUUAUCUGAGGGUGAGAGUGAUGCGGGUGAUCGGAGACCUGUCACGCCUGCCAGUGACAGGGAUUCGACGGCCUCGCCGUCCCUUCUGGACCACCCCGACCACGAGCAGAAGAAACACCACCCCCACCAUCAUCACAACCACCACCAUAAUCACCACCAUCACCAUCCCCCGAAGAUGUACGAGAAGCGGCCGCUGCGAGGCCCGUACGGCCAGAUGCUCGAGGCCGAGAUGAAACGCCCGGAGAGCACAACAGAGAAGCUGCACAAGCUCCACAGCAGUGAGGACUUGAAGUUCUUGAUCAAGGAGUGCCUCAAGUUCCCACCCUCCGGGACCUCCAAACUCCGGGCGGUGGAUGACUGUCACCUGAGGCGCUCACAUACAUCCCCCGGGGAGCAGGCCCACCGCGACCGCGCAUCCCCUAAAAGGAAAGUCAGCGCCAACAUCCCCUUUUCGCAGAGUUCGCUCGCGCCCUCCGCCGCCGAGGGGGGCUUCGUCGUCCACCACCAGCGGACCACCUCGAGCCCCUCCCAACUGGAGGGUUGCUCCGCCGCCCCUAGUCAACAGCUCCUGGCGCAGCUCCUCAAGGGUAGCUCCGAGCGGGGGUGCACCACUUUGCCCAGCCCUGUCUUUCCGGCCAACAAUUUAGUCCAGAAGGAUACACGAACUCAUGUUGUGGAGGAACUUCUAGAGACUGAAAAGUCCUACGUUGACUCGUUACAAACGCUAAUUAACAAAUAUCUGAAACCUUUGAAGGAGGCUGAAAACUCCGUGAAGCUGGAUGCAGACAUUGUAGAUGAAAUUUUCUUUCAAGUUCCUGAAAUUCUCGCUCAUCAUUUAGAAUUCCUAGAAGCUUUAGAAGAUAGGUUAAAAAAUUGGAAUAUGAAACAAAAAAUUAUUAUAGGCGAUAUCCUCUUAGAAACUUUUUCGAAACAAUCUGUGAUAGAAUCGUACACAGCAUUUAUAAAAAAUUGGAAGUCUGCGCGAGAGACGAUCAAAAGUACCUGCCAGUCGGAGCCAGCGUUUGCAAGGUUUCUUGAGACGAUGGCUCGGGAGCAUAAAGGAAAGUUAGCUCUGGAUUCUCUUUUUAUCAUGCCCGUUCAACGAAUUCCUCGCUACGAAUUAUUGAUUCAGACCCUGCUGAAACACACGGAGGAAUCACACCCGGACUUCUCGACGUUGCUGGAGGCCCAAAAGGCUGUGCAUGCGCUUGCGGUGCAUAUCAACUGCAUGGAGCGGGACAGCCUGGAGCUGGAGCAAAUCGAGCGGCUCAUCGAAGGUCUGGGCCACCUGGUCGCCGCCGAUAGGACGUUCCUGCGACACGAUCUCGUUACAAUGGCUGUUUCUGCUCAGAGCCUCGGCCGCAAGGAAAGAGCUCUCUUUCUCUUCUCUGAUCUCCUAGUUAUCACAAGUAUCAAAAGGAAAAGCGGGACUGCUAGGAAAAUGGCAACUACCAGUCCUGAAAGUGUCACAAGUUCUUUUGAGGCUAACAAAUAUAAACUAUUGACCAAAAUUCCAUUAGAAAAUAUAGAAGUUGUAAAAAUUAAGGAUAAGAGUUUAAGACGUAUGCUUUGGGAAAUAGAAAAUUUGACUAAAGAUAUUUCCACUCUGUCGCAAAUGUCGAAUCUAGUCUCAACUUUACAUUGUUCUCAUCUGCAGCUGGAAAGCUCGAUACGAGAUAUGUUGUCAGCUUUAAACAAACAACUAGCGGAUCGUCAAGCCAGUGAUUCUCAACUCUCAUAUUUAGAAUUAAUUUUACAUACUAGAAAUGGAUCCGAGAAUGUGUCAAUUGCCUUUUCAAAGCCUGAAGAACGAGCAAGCUGGGAAGGAACGUUCAAUGAAGCCAAGCAAAGAUUAUCCGUAUCCGCAGAGAAGAAAUCGACUCCUGAGUUUGUGAUACCCCUCCAGAUCAGGAAGACCCGGGCCGGUCUCCAGUUCACGUGUGCUGCGCCGUCGGCGUGUCAGAAAGAUGUUUGGGUUUGCAAUAGUGACGGUUACAUCGGUCAAGUCUGCAGGCUGAGCCUCUACCCGAAACCCACCGUCUCCCAGUGCAUUCCAGUCCACAGCGCGCGCAUUCUCUGCAUCACUGCGGUACCUGCAAUCUCCAAAAAUAGAGAGGAAGAUCAGGGCAAUAGAGGAAGUACAUCCGUUAGCAUAUCGGUUGAAGAUAUAGACCAAGGAGGCAAUAUUCAUCUAGACAGUAGUUCGUCGAGUGAAGGCGAGGACGAGAAGGAAAAGGACAAGGAGAGAACAGACUCAGACUCGAAGCAGCCUUCAAUGGGCGUGCGACAGAUAAGCCAGGACAACGAUAAAGAAUCGACCAUGUGGCUGGGGACUGAGGACGGCUGUAUCCUAAUUUACAAGUGUAUAGAGAGCUGUCGAACGCGGGAAAACUGCGUGGAGAUCAAACACGGCUCUGCCGUCUAUUCCAUAGUGUACUUCCAUGACAAAGUUUUUGUAUCGUUAGCAAAUGGAAAUGUUUGCGUGUACUCUCGUGAUCAAAAUAAUGCAUGGAACACCUCCGAGCCACAGAGUAUCUUGUCGAUCGGGUCUGCCGUGGCGCCUGUUACCAGAAUGUGCCCGGUUUUGGACAAACUGUGGUGCAGUUCUCACUCAAACAUCCAUAUAGUAGAUCCCUCGUCUUUAAAAAUAGUGCACAAAUUCAGCGUGAGUGGAGACACGAAUCGAGCGGUGACUUGUUUCGUAGUUGCGGGUCUUGGCGUUUGGCUUUCGCUACAUAAUUCUGCCAACAUGAGACUGAUCCAUGCAGCAUCCUACGAGACUCUCGCAGAAGUGAACAUAGCGCCAGCCGUUACAAAAAUGUUAGAUAGUUGCGAUGAUAUAAUUCGACAGCACAAGGCAGCUUGUUUGCGUGUUACUUCGCUUCUUGCUCACAAAGAAUUACUUUGGAUUGGGACAAGUGCCGGAGUUCUACUUACGAUGCCACUACCUACCAUCACGCAAUCGACAACGAGGCUCAAUUCAGUACCUGUUGCGUCUGGGGCGCCCCACGGACACACAGGCCACGUGAGAUUCCUGACGAUGGUCGAGAAGGCGCCCAAAGAGGGCGACGGACGCCCCAAGGAGGACAAAAGCUCGAACGAGAUCCUCGUCAUCUCCGGAGGCGAUGGCUACGAGGAUUUCCGAUCGACGAACAUCGCGGAGGUAGCCGGCCGGGAGGACUCGACCAACCAUCUUUUACUUUGGCGCAUGUGAAUGGGAAUGGAAUCCCGUUUCUCCUCGCCUAAAAACAACCCCAACUAACCCGGAAGAACAUGACUGUCCUCCGGUAGUAGAUUUGAUAUUCAUCGAAGAAAAUCUCCCGGAACCACUUUCCAGGACGCUGGAAAGGUGCGGAUUCUGGGAGUGGCAAAUAUUGUGAUACUCAGCUAUUUUGGCUCCAAUGGAUGCUAAGUGGGAAAUUUACACGAGUGCUUUGCAUAAAUUAGUGUGAUUGCGGCGCAUCUUGCCAAACUCCGAGAACACCUCUGAACGAGACGCAUUUAUGCUGAAAGGAACAGUGUGAGAAUGAGUUAAUGCGAAUGAACUUUCACGUAUACUGAGAAAAAAAAUAUACUUAGAACUACUACACUGGUAAUGUUUCACGUGAACUCCUAAUUGGACCGCGUUAAACAGAAAGGUUCCAAGCCACAUCAGCUAUUGCCAAAUUUAAUUG